GUGCUCCCCAGCCCUCCCCGCUUAGUUUUUUUGAAGAAUGUAAGGUGGCGUCUCUGACUGGGAGGGAUUAUGGCUAUGGAAUCUGCAUUUGUCACACACAGCAGCUGCAACCUGGUUAUUUCAGCACAGCGAGGGCAGAGUCCACACAGACACACGCGUGCGUGCGCGUGCGGAACAGGGGACGGCUCGAGAAACGGACAGCAAAUGAGCAAUCGCACGGAGCCGAGCAGCUGCUGAGCUGGAGACUGGCAGUCCCUCCGUUCCUCUGCCUUCGUUUCAUUCUGUCCGCUCCCCUCCUUAGCUGUCAUCUUCCUCCUGUUCUCUCUCUCUCUCUCGCUCUCUCUCUCCCCGCUCGGUCUCCUCCUCUCGUUCGGACUGGGAGGUGGAGGGUGUGGGGAGAUCCAGGGACAGGAAGCAGGAGCAGCAGAUCUCCUCCCCAGCGCCGGCAGCCGAGAGAGCAGCACGAGCCAAUGGUCAUGGUGAAGGAGAAAGUGGCCCAUCCUCAGGAACCCCACCGGCCCCCCGAGAAACUGGUCAUCCAGUGUUACAAGUGCGGGGAGCCAUGCAAGGGGGAGGUGCUCCGCGUGCAGUCCAGGCACUUCCACCUCAAGUGCUUCACCUGCAAAGUGUGUGGCUGCGACCUGGCCCAGGGUGGGUUCUUCAUGAAGAAUGGGGAGUAUCUGUGCAUGGUGGACUACCAGCAGCUGCAUGGCACGCGCUGCCACGGCUGUGGGGAUUUUGUAGAGGGGGAGGUGGUGACAGCAUUGGGCAAGACCUACCACCCCGCCUGCUUCGUCUGCACCGUCUGCAAGCGACCCUUUCCUGCUGGAGACCGAGUCACCUUCAAUGGGAAGGACUGCCUCUGCCAGCGCUGCAUCCAACCCAUGUCCCCUCCUUCCAAAGACAUCAGCGCUUCCAGCAGUGAGUACUGUGCAGGCUGCGGUAGGGACAUAAAGAAUGGCCAGGCUCUACUGGCCUUGGACAGACAGUGGCAUCUCGGGUGCUUUAAGUGCAAGGCCUGUGGCAAAGUUCUGAGUGGAGAGUACAUCAGCAAGGAUGGUGCGCCGUACUGUGAGAGAGACUACCAGAUCCACUUCGGGGUGCAGUGUGAGGCGUGUCGUCAGUUCAUAACAGGCAAAGUUCUGGAGGCAGGAGAUAAGCAUUACCAUCCCAGCUGUGCACGAUGCAGCAGGUGCAACCAGAUGUUCACGGAGGGGGAGGAGAUGUACUUGCAGGGCUCUACGGUGUGGCAUCCAGACUGUAAGAGCAACACCAGAGUGGAAGAGAAGUAUCGGGGAGCGUGGCGGAGGUCUGGGAGAAAGCCCCAUCCCUCUGAUCUCCUCCUCCCACCGUCUCAGUUUCAGGCCCAGUUUAAGGCGCAGGGUCGGGGUGCUCCGCGGCCGGGCGCGCACCCCCUGCCCAGGCCAGAGCCCACAAGGUCUUCGUCCGAGAGCAUCUGUUCCCGGCCUGGCUCCAGCAUCCCUGGCUCUCCGGGUCACACCAUCUAUGCAAAAGUAGACAAUGAGAUCAUCGAUUACAGGGACCUAGCAGCUAUCCCCAGGGUCAAGGCCAUUUAUGACAUAGAGCGUCCAGACAUGAUAUCCUAUGAGUCCCUCCACUCCACGUCCUCCACGGUGGACAAACAGAGCAGAGAGAGCCCCGGAGAGUGUCCGAGCACCACAAGUGAGCCCUGUCCUCGAGGGCAGGCCACAACUCUGCCACAAGACCCCUCCUCCCCUAAGUCGGCAGAGGCCUCUCCACGGACCCUGUCUCCCACCCCCUCUGCCGAGGGCUGCUAUGACAUGAGGGAUCGCACCCUGCAGAGAUCCACCAGCCAGGGAUCCAUUGGCUCGCCGCUAUACAGCCGCCACAACUACACGCCCACGCUGUCCAAGUCACCGCAGCACUUCCACAGACCAGGAAUGCUGAAGCUCUGCUCCUCUCUGCGCUCUGGCAACAGCGACAACCGCCCCACAUCCCCUUUCCGACAUCACUUCCUCCCCCAUAGCAAAGAUUCAUCCUGCAUAGGCACUGAGCCGUCUAGUGGCCGGACUUCCCCCUUUUCCUCACGGCCGGCCACCCCGACCCUCUCUCUGACCCCUAAACAUUUCCACAUCCCAGACCAAGGCAUGAACAUGUACAGAAAGCCACCAAUCUACAAACAGCACGAUUCAGCUGCCUUGGCAGCCCAAAACAAGUUUGCUGGUGACAUCAUCAAAUCUUCCAAGUUCCCUGCUGCUCAAGCGCCCCAGCCGGAUGAAACGCCAAAGAUUGAGACUGACUACUGGCCCUGCCCACCCUCUCUUGCUGCCCUAGGCUCAGAUGUGAGGAGUCGCUCACGAGAUGAAGAGGAGGAGGAGCAACUGAAGCGCAGACAGCUUCAGGAGCAGCACCUGAGCAAGAUGCAGUCCGGCCUGGGGAAGCUCAUCCUGAAGGAGGAGAUGGAGAGGGAGCGAGAGAGGUACACCCGUACCAUAGCCGGCCAGCGUCCUGACGCCCACCUCCCCGGCUACACACCAGAUCCCAACUCCCCGACGUGCAGAACCUCCUCUCUGCCGGGGUACGGACGCGACGGCCUCCAUCGGCCACAGUCGACGGAGUUCUCCCAGUAUAACAGCUACGGCAAUGUCUCUGGAGGUCAGAGAGAUUUCAAGCCCAUCCAAGAUGGCCAGGUUCCCAUAACCAGAAUGGACAGGAGAAUGUCAAUGCCUAAUAUGUUGGAACAUAAAGUGUAUCCAUAUGAAAUGCUCAUUGUCACCAACAGAGGGCGUACUAAGCUCCCGAAGGAUGUGGACAGGACGAGGCUGGAGCGCCAUCUGGCCCCUGAGGUGUUCUUUGACAUCUUUGGAAUGGAUAUCCAAGAGUUUGACAGACUCCCUCUGUGGAAGCGCAACGACAUGAAGAAGAAGACCAAGCUCUUCUAGCCAGGAAACCUGUGCAUGUUUUCAUUUAGCCCUCACUCCAGUAAUGGAUAAUAGCUGUAGUCCUAUGAUUUCCUUUGUCUUCCUUUUGAUUUUUCCUGGUUUGGUUUGUUUCCAACAGUCUGACACACACACACACACACACACACACACAUAAUUAAACUUUUUGUUUUGUUUUGUUUUGUUUUGUUUUGUUUUGCUUCGAAAUGAAGGCCGUCCCCUUUUUUUAUUUUUAAUUUGAGUGGGACUUAAGACGGCGGUGCGAUUUAUUUGUCCAGGACGGCCCAGAGAGGCAGUGGGAGGCUGUGGCCUCUGUUCCCAUGGUAACCCUUCUGUCUUUAGAGCAAAGUUCCUCCGGCUCCCCUCUUUCCUGCCCAAUGUGUAAAACAGGACUGUAAUCUUGGAAUGAGUGAAGGGGGUGAAAGGGGGUGGUGCUGAAGGCUAUCCGCAGGGUUCUUCCUCUGAACAAGCCAAUAAAGUUCUAGAAGCAGAGGGGCUCCUGUAGCCUCCUGCCGCUGGGAGCCUAACGAGGGCCUUGAUGUGUGUUAACGGGAGGAAGUGAGAGUUACUGGAUGGGGCUGAGGAUGAGAGCCCUGGACUCGAUCUUCUCUGGAAGUGGAGCACAGCGCCUCCAGGUUUCAACUCUGGAACGGAUUAGGGGACGAGGAGCUGGAGAGGGCGUCUGCUGUGGUCCACCUCCCGGCCCCUUGCAGUCCACGCGCGCAACCCCGCAGCCAGACGUGCUGCUGAGCUGGACACUCUCUCUCUAGCUCACUGCUUAGUCCCGCAUCCUAUUUCUUGACUUUUAAAAAGUUGAUGUUGUAUUUGAUAGUCAGAUAAGGUGAUGAGAAACUUUAGGAAAUUGAAGCUCACUUCCUGCUCCCUCUUAAAGAUGGCAGUGGGCUCAUUCACCACUAGAGGGUAGACUGGUGACGUACGUCCAGAGGGGGACUGUUGAGACGUUCUUCUCCCUGCUGAGACCCCUCCAUAACACCACCAACCAAAUCUGACAACCCUCUCCUUCUGACCAUCGUCAAAACUGCAAUAUAUAUCUUUUAACAGCAUAUCACUUUGAUUAAAGCUCAAUUUAAAAAGAAAAGCCUUUGAUAUGAUAGUGUUUUAUAAAGCUCAAGUAUUUCAAACUGCCACUGUGUUUGCUGGGGGAUAGACGGAGCUGUAGCCAUAGCAUUUGGGCCAGAUUUGGCUUGAUAUCAGGGCCAUAUGUGUCACUCCAUUUGCCAGGUGAUGCCAGAUGAUGCCAUUGCCAUAGACACUGGGUGUGCUUACAGUAGUAUUAUGGGCUGUUGUUGACCUUUACUCCCAGCAGUUUCCUGUGUUGCCUAACAGGGUUAAUGACAUAGCACUAGAAAAUAUAAAAAUACGGUUUUGUAAUAUCACAAAACACAAAUCAUCAGCUUAUGACUAUUACAACCCAGCCUAUGUCCCAUGCGCAAUGGAAGGAAGAAAAAGUGCUUUUGAUACCCAAGCUGUGUUCUUCAACCUUUCUGUUAUUUUUGAAGGAAAGAUUUGAUGACAACGAUGUAAAAGCUCAAAUGAGUAAUAAACCUCUGCUUCAGAGUUUCA